AGCAUGCAGUUCAGCUCAGCAAGAAAGAGUGACAGAGUGAGGAGAUAGCGGGGGUGAGCAUCGCAGCAACUGACAACCUGAGAGAGAGAGAGAGUCUUAGCUUACUAAAGAGAGAGAGGGAGAGAGAGGAGUACCACGUUGCCCGUCCUCAUAUUUCCCUCUGCAGCUGUGUGAAGCAGAGUGAGCAGUGGAGAGGAGCGAGCACAUCUGAGUCUCGUGGAAACAGCGGGACCCGCGUACCACUUGGCUGAGAGAUCGAUGCACUUACGCCGAGCCACACAGAGGGGGUGAGCCGCCCGCAGGACAUCCGUGCACUACCAGAGAGGGAGCGAGAGAGUAGCCAAAGGGACGGAGAGAGUGAAGAGAGCAAGAGGGGAGAAGAUUACCCAGGGCCAAUUUGAAAGCUUUCGGCUUGUCACUCAGAGCAAGGCAUCAUCCCAGGGACCAACACUAAAACAAUCAAGUCCAGUUUGUGCUUUCCAGGUGCAGAGUCAGGGGGAGAUUGGCUACAAGAGAACAAAGUCCUCACGGAGAAGUUUCCAGUGGAUGGUACUGUUCACUCGGGCUGUCUCCGGCAUGCCGAUGGCACGACAGCAUCACCAGGCCAGUGUGCCCACAACAAGCUGGAUCCUGGUUUUGGCUCUGUUUCUCACUCUACAGGGUGCCGCUCAUGCUGCUCCAUCAGGAAACAACAGGCUGGUUCGUACCACCAGAGUGAGGAGGCAGACCCCAGGGGGGGAUCUGCCCCCCUCCGACUCCUCAGCCAACCAGACCCUGCGGGAGCAACCUUUGGUCUUUAACCAUGUCUAUAACAUUAACGUACCCUUGGAGUCUCUAUGCUCUGUUGACUUGGACACCUCUGCACCAUCAGGCCCAGGGGAUGGUUCUCGUGCUGAGUUGGGAUCCAGACCUUCUGUAGAGGGUCCAGUGGAUCCAAAUGGAGCAACAGAAUACACAGAGCAAACACUGGAUGCUGAGAGCCAGGUGACAUUUACACACCGCAUCAAUAUCCCCAAAGCAGCGUGCGGUUGUCCAGCAACGGCCACAAUCCAGCAGCUUGCCACCAGGGUGGAGAUGCUAGAGAGAGAGGUUUCCAUGCUCAGAGCUCAGUGUGGAUCCGGAUGCUGCGGGGAGAGCUCGGCCAUUGGCCGUUUGGACUUUGUCCCAGGCUGCAGCAACCACGGCAGCUUCAGCUUCGAUAUGUGCAGCUGCAUCUGCGAGGAAGGGUGGACCGGCAAAAACUGCUCUGAGCCUCGCUGCCCAAAUGACUGCUCCGGUCAAGGGGUGUGUGUUGAAGGGGAGUGUGUGUGCGACCGUGACUUUGGAGGUGACAACUGUUCGGAGCCGCGCUGCCCUUCGGACUGCUCUGGCCGCGGAUUGUGCAUCGAUGGGGAGUGCGUUUGUGAGGAGUCGUUCACAGGUGAAGACUGCAUGGUCGGAAGGUGUCUCAAUGACUGCUCGGACCAGGGGCUGUGCAUAAACGGGACGUGCCAGUGCCGGCCUGGGUAUGUGGGAGAGGACUGCUCGCUCGUCUACUGUGCAAACAACUGCAGCAAGAAGGGAAUCUGCAAGGAGGGCUUCUGCGUCUGUCAGGAUGGAUAUGCUGGAGAUGACUGCAACUCUGUUGCACCCGCCAUGAACUUGAAAGUUCGAGGGGUGACAGAUCAAACCAUCGAGCUGGAGUGGGAGGGGUCAGUUGUGCUGACAGAUUUCUUGGUGACCUACACACCGAGCACCCCCGGAGGUGUGCAGCUAGAGAUAAGGAUUCCAGGCAACACGACUACCUGCACUAUCUUGGAGCUCCAAGCUGGCAUGGAGUACAACAUCAAUGUGUUCGCUGUCAUUAACAACACUAUCAGCGUUCCUGCCAGUAUUACUGUUUGGACCUAUCUCUCAAGUCCAGAUGUUUUAGUCUUCAAAUCCAUGACAGAGACAUCAGUGGAGGUCCACUGGCAACCGUUCUACUAUUCCUUCGAUGGAUGGGAGAUUAGCUUCAUCCCCAAGGAUAAUGAUGGAGGGAUGACUACACAGCUGCCCAGCACCAUCACGUCAUUUGUGCAAACUGGUUUGAGGCCAGGCGAAGAAUAUACAGUGAACCUGGUGGCGCUCCGGGACCAAGGUCGAAGCCAGCCAGUCACAGCUACUGUCACAACACUAAUCGAUGGUCCCACUCAGCUGAUUGUGCGUGACGUGUCGGACACAGUGGCAUUUGUGGAGUGGACGCCACCGAGGGCAAAGAUUGAUCAGAUUGUGUUGCGUUACGGCCUCGUGGGAGGAGAAGGGCCACGGACCACCUUCCGCCUCCAGCCCACACUUAGCCAGUACUCUCUGCAGGUCCUGCGUCCUGGCUCGCGUUACGAGGUGACAGUGAGCGGCGUGAGAAGAGGAAACGAGAGCGGAUCCAUUUCCACUGAAUUUACUACCGCUUUAUCGUUUUUCUCAGAGAUUGAUGCCCCCAAGAACUUGCGUCUCGUUUCCAAGACCUCUACCACGCUUGAGCUUGAAUGGGAUAACAGUGAAGCUGAGGUGGAGAGUUACCAGGUGGUUUAUAGCACAUUAGCAGGAGAUCAGUAUGACAAAGUCAUCGUACCGCGCAAUGAGGGAGCCACUACUAAGACUACUCUCACAGAGCUGCUUCCAGGCACAGAGUACGGCAUUGGCAUUUCUGCCAUGAAAGGUAGCAACCAGAGUACACCAGCCACAAUGAACGCCAGGACGACUCUGGAUGUACCUAUGAAUCUGACUGUGAUGGCUUCCACGGACAACACCAUCACUCUGAAUUGGGGCAUAGUCCAGGGCCCCAUUGACCACUACAAGGUCACCUACACAUCAGCCUCCGGCGUCACUAAUGAGCUGACGGUGCCUAAAGACAUCAACACCACCACUUUGAAGGACCUGGAGCCUGGGACUGAGUACACCAUCACUGUAGCAGCAAGAAGAGGAAGACAGCAGAGCACUGCGGCUACCAUAGACGCCUUCACGGGAAUCAGACCUGUAACCCACCUCUACUUAUCAGAGGUGACUUCAGACUCUGUGUCAGUGGCGUGGAGCGCCCCAGCACCGCCCGCUGAACUCUUCAUUCUGAGCUACAGCUCUGCCGACGGGACCGACACCUCUAAGGUGACACUGCAUGGCUCCAAGACGAGGUCACUGAUCCAGGGGCUGCUGCCGUCCACUCAUUACACCGUCAGUCUAAUCACAAUACAGGGGGACGUUGCUUCAGAGCCCAUUACAGCUUCACUUACUACAGGCAUGGACCCACCAAAAGAGAUGAUGGUGUCGGACGUCACCGAGGAUGCCGUGACGAUCUCUUGGAUCAAACCGCUGGCUCCGUUUGAAUACUAUAAGCUGUCCUACCAGUCGGCCAGAGGUCGAGUAGACAGCGUGAUGAUUGACAGCGAUGUUACAAACUACACCCUGUCCAGUCUGUUUCCUGCCACAGAAUAUGAGAUCAGUCUCAAAGCUGUCAGCGGGAGUCAGGAGAGCAGUGUUGUCAGCACUUCCGUCUUCACAGCGAUGGAUAUGCCGUCGGAGUUGACGGCCCUCAACAUCACCCCUCAAGGAGCCCUGCUGAGGUGGAAUCCACCCGUGUCCAAUGUUGACAACUACGUGGUGACUCUCACACACAACCAGGUAACGGCUGAUACUUUCCUCGUGGAAGGCAACAAGCAGGAACUGCAGCUGUCCAACCUCAAGCCAAGCACCACCUACUCUGUAGCCCUCUACGCCACCAAAGGACCACUUACAAGUGGCACCGUCAUCACCAACCUCCAAACCCCCAUGGAUGCACCCGUGAACCUGACAGCCAGUGAAGUGAAUCACCGCAGUGCUCUCAUUUCAUGGCAGCCGCCCAUUGCAGAAAUAGACAACUACAUGCUCACCUACAAGACACCCGACGGCAGCCGUAAAGAGCUGAUUCUCGAUGCAGAGGACACAUGGAUUCGACUGGAGGGACUGGCCGAGACUACAGAGUACACCGUCAAGCUCCAGGCUGCGAGGGGACUAGACACCAGCGCUGUAGUCUCUACCACCUUUACUACAGGGAGUCGCCUAUUUGCGACACCUCAGAACUGCGCCCAACACCUGCUAAAUGGAGAGACUCUGAGCGGCAUCUACACCAUUUACAUCAACAGAGACCCCAGCCAGGGGGUGCAGGUGUACUGUGACAUGACCACGGAUGAAGGAGGCUGGAUUGUAUUCCAGCGUCGUCAGAACGGCCUGACGGACUUUUCCAGGAAGUGGAGUGAUUAUCGUGUCGGCUUUGGAAACCUGGAGGAUGAGUUCUGGCUUGGUCUAGACAACAUCCAGAAGAUUGCCGCUCAGGGACGUUAUGAGCUGAGGAUUGACAUGAGGGACGGACAGGAGUCAGUCUACGCUAAUUAUGACAAGUUCUCCAUUGGAGAUGCAAGAAAUCUCUACAAGCUCAGGAUAGGAGAAUACAAUGGCACAGCUGGUGACUCUUUGAGCUACCACCAGGGUCGGCCCUUCUCGACAAAAGACAGAGACAAUGACAUCGCUGUCACUAACUGUGCGUUGUCAUACAAAGGAGCCUGGUGGUACAAGAACUGCCACCGGGCUAACCUCAAUGGCAAAUACGGCGAGUCCAGGCACAGUCAGGGUAUCAACUGGUACCACUGGAAAGGCCACGAGUUCUCCAUUCCCUUUGUGGAGAUGAAAAUGAGGCCGUUCAAUUUCCGCAGCAUCAGCAGCAAGAGGAGGCGGUCUGCCCCUGUAUAGAUGAAUCGCCACAAUCCAGCCCAGAGUCAUGGAUAAAUGGAGUUCGGAUGUUGAGUUUUUGCUAUUUGCGUGCCUCACUGACAGGAGCAGCAGGCUGGGAUGUGACCGCGGCAGGGCAACGUUAGUGAGGCUCAAAGAAGAAGCAGAAUAUGACAAAAAUCUACUAAUAUUUUAUUAAAACAUUAACAAGAAGAUGUUAUAACCACGGAUGUAAUCAUAAAAUAGCAGCGAGGCUCGAGCAACGUCCGAACUCUGUUGAUCUCUCCACCUGCCCAGCUUUAGCUGUCUUACCCUGCUGUACUUCUGCCCAGAAGUUAGAAGACACUGUAUGUAAUUUAUUAAAUACUAUGAAUGAAAAUGGUUCUGUUUGCUGUAUAAAACAAACAAAAAGACAAAACAAGAGGAAAGGCAAACCAGGAAGCUUUGUUUUUUUUUUCUUUUAAUCCGUGAUUUGUCUUUCCCUACGAUGUGCUCAGAAGCGCCCUCAGGAGUGAGAGCUAGCAUUAUUUUAACCGUUACAAAAUAACACUUUUAACUAAAAGAAAAAACAAAAAAAAACCUGUAUAUGCCCUUAAAACCCUCUGUAAAAUAUAUAUCUAUUUUUAUACCUGAUAUUGUGACAAAGUCCAUUUAUUUGAUGCCUUGGUUUUUGACCCUAUAUUAAAAUUAAUAUAAAUUUUCUGGAUAAUUAGCAUUAAAAAACAAAAC